UCUCUCUCUCUCUCUCUCUCUUCAAUGCGUAGUUUGAUACAGAUACAAACUUUAGAUGCAGUGUAAAUCCUCGAUAAUGAUUUUAUCUUAUCACUCGUAAUAUUUUUCGUUUUAUCGAACGCAGAAUAUUUCAUUCGACGAGUUGCCAAGUUGCCUCUGAACUGUUAUAUGGUCAAAGUUCAAGUGCUUGUUCAGGUUCAGAGUUUUCUGUCAUCAUUGAUCUCAUAUGUCAUUCUCUUUAAUAGACAGUCAUAUGAUUUGGCUACGCUCGACAGUUGACACACCUAUAUCUUCUGUUUCGCGAGCGACGUAUGUAAAUGAUAUAGUGCUUGAGCGUUCCGAUAAAUCCAAACCUGUUUGUAUUUCAAUCGUUGCUGAAAAAAAUGGGUAAUAGAUCGAGUCUUCUUCUACGUGAGGAUGAAAUAGCGCAAAUACAGAAUGCCACCGGUUUUACACCAAAUCAAAUCGAACGGUUGUACAGCCGUUUCACGAGCCUGGAUCGCGGUGAUUGCGGAACGCUCAGUCGAGAGGAUUUUCUCAGAAUCCCAGAAUUGGCAAUAAAUCCGCUUGGUGAGAGAAUAGUGAACGCUUUUUUCGAAGAGAGCGGAAACGAUAGAGUGAAUUUCUUGCAAUUCAUGCAAGUCCUGGCUCAUUUCAGGCCAAUCAAGAAAAACAGUCCUAAUCGAUUGAACUCUAGGCAGCAAAAGUUGAAAUUUGCAUUUAAAAUGUAUGACUUGGAUAAUGAUGAUUUGAUCUCAAAAGAUGAACUACUUGCUAUUUUGCACAUGAUGGUUGGCGCCAAUAUUAGUGAGGAACAGUUAACUAGCAUUGCUGAGCGGACUAUAGUUGAAGCUGAUGAAAAUGGAGAUGGUAUGAUAUCAUUUGAAGAAUUCUGCAAAGCAUUAGAACGUACAGAUGUUGAGCAAAAAAUGUCCAUAAGAUUUCUCAGUUGAAUUGAUUGUUCUAUAUGACAUAUGGUAUAAAAUUUAUACAUAUUGAAAUAAGUGUUGAGAAAUUAUGUUGUGACUUUCUUUCACAAUUACAAAAAAUUCUGUUAUAAAUAUAUAUUUAUACCUAUUAUGUGUAAAUAAUAUGUAAAUAUUCUUAUAUAUUAUACCGUUGCCAUUAUCAAGGAGAUAUGGAGUAUCGAUAUAAGUGGAAAUAAUUUCCCAUACAUGCUUAAAUGGCAUUGUUUUUAUUCAUGAUAGUAGUCAAUGAAAUGUAUAAGUAAAUAAAACAAGAACAAAAAAAAAAAAAGAAGGAAAGGGUUAGAAAAAAUUCAGUCUCUAUCUUACAUUGUAUUAAUAAGAUGAAUAGUUCUAUGAAGUAAACACAAGACAUAAAAAAAAAUGAUAACAAAGACUUGUGUAAAUUGUAGCUUAAUAUUGUCAAAAGAUUAUAAGAAAUAUAUUAUCUUUGAAUUGAUCGCAUACAAUAUUCUCCGAUGUUUUCCAACAUAAUUUCUUAUUCAAUAUAAUAUUAUAAUAUUUAACGUAGAAUAUAAUAUUACAUAUACAAAUUUAAAGUAAACAGAAAUAGUAAUAUAUAUGAAUAUAAAAAUUUUUAAAAUACAUGUGAAUAGAAAAUUAAUCUAUUAAAAAUUAUUAUCUAUUUCUUUUAAUGUAUAAGUACAUUUCUAUAAAUCAAAUUUUCUUUUUACAAAUAUUGUAAAAAUGUACUGUAAAUGAUGAGAAAUUACAUGAAUAAAAACUUUUUAAAUACUUUA